UCAAUACCCUAUUUUUCCCACAGGAGGAGCCCUCUCCACCCCGUCCAGAGGCCUAUCCCAUCCCCACUCAGACUUACCCUAGAGAAUACUUCACCUUCCCGGCCUCCAAAUCUCAGGACAGGAUGGGCCCUGGCCAGCCCUGGCAAAACAACGAACAAGAGCCUCUUCCCCCUAUGGAUAACCACUCCAACAACAGCAUGGCUAUGCAGCGGGUGGCGCGAUCUCAGGAGGAGCUGUGUGACAUGCCGGGCGGGUACCCAGGUGAACGUCUGCGCCAGGAGGACCUAAUGCUCCUCCAGCAGCAGCAGCAGCAGCGUGAAGCUGAGUACCAGCGAGGUGUUGGAGAACACUGGAACCACCAGGUGUCUUCCUCAGUGGAGUCCAGCACCUCCAGCCAAGAGCACCUCAACUUCUCCUCAUCCUCUGGCUCCAGGACCCAGGGCAACCACAAGAGUGGCCCAGGCCGCUGGAAGACCCCACUUGCACCUCAUUCCGGCCCUGUCUCCCAACCCUCCCGUUCAGACCUUCCUCCACCUCCACCUCCUCCACCAGCACACUACGAUUUUGAGCCGCAAACCGACCUGCCGCUUCCACCGCCACCUUCAGCUACACAACAACAGCAGCAGGCUGCAGCCGACCGCAAGAAACGUGAAGACCAACAGCGCUGGUAUGAGAAGGAAAAAGCUCGUCUUGAAGAGGAGCGAGAGAGGAAGAGACGAGAUCAGGAAAGGAAAUUGGUGCAAAUCCGAAACCCUUCGGUUUCUGGUCCAGUUAUGCACAAUAACCAGCAUGGCCCGGUGCCACCAUCUCCACAAAUGCCUCCCAUGACACUUCCCCAAUCAUACCUUCCUCCAGUCCAACAACCUCCGCCACCACAACCGGCUCGACCCGAUAAACUCUCCAGUCUUCCUCGCCAGCCUCCGCAAGACACCGUAAUCCGGGACCUCCUGCCGCAGCAGCAGCCGCGCACCAUCGAGAGACGCGACCUGCAGUACAUCACCAUCAGCAAGGAGGAGUUAUCGGCCAGCGACAGCCUGUCACCCGACCCCUGGAAGAGGGACGCCCGGGAAAAACUGGAGAAGCAGCAGCAGCUUCACAUCGUUGACCUGCUGGACAAGGAGAUCCAGGAGCUGCAGGCUAAACCCGAGCGCACGGCCGAGGACAACGACCGCCUGCGCAAACUCAUGCUGGAGUGGCAGUUCCAGAAGAGACUGCAGGAGUCCAAGCAGAACGAGGAGGACGAGGAGGAGGAAGACGAUGAAGACGUGGACACCACGCUCAUCAUGCAGAGACUGGAGGCCGAGAAGAGAGCACGGGUAAGCUGACAUAGGAAAUAAGAU